AUUAGUGUUGCUAUAACGAAAAUAUUUUUGUAUCCCUCAUUGUUCCGUGAAGUCUUAGCACGCAAAUUAUUGUUUGAAUUCCUUGAUAUUUUUAUUAUCAUUAAUUGUACUAUUUUUUAAAUUACUUUAAAUAAUGCAAAGGUGAAUAUUAAAUCAUUGUUCUAGACAAUUAUUUUAUAGUUGGGUAACAUAAUGAAAAAAAUAUAUAUUAGUUACUACUAUUUAACAAGUAGAUGACUGAAUAAUUAAAUCUUAUUAUAUUUACAAUUUUAUUAAUGACAUAUGUUCUUUUAUAUUCUUGUAAAUUAGCUUCGUAUACACUUACAUUAUUUAAUUUUGUUAAAUUUUUUAUUUCUAAUUUAUUUUAUAUAACCAAUUGUUAAAAAUAAUAUUAAAAUUAUUCGACAUACAUAUAGAUGAUGAUGAUUAAAUAGUACACUAUUUAUAUAUGUGUAAGAAAUAAAGAAUUUAUCUCAAAAUAUUAAAUAAUACAAUAUUGUGUAAUAUUCUAUUAUCUCAGGUCGUAAGAGUCCAAGGCUCCUUACACUGUUUGGGAGUUAUAAAUUAUGUUGGGUAAAUUUUUAUUUGAUAUUAAAAUGACAAAUGAUCUUAUUUAUCCUUUUAUAUAUAGAUACUUUUUUGAUAAAAAAAAUCUUUUAUAUUUCUUAUUUAUUUAUCAAACUUAGAUAAACACAUAGAAACUUUAUAAUCUACUUGAUAAGUUUCCACUUAUCAACUCUGUAACCUGUAACCAGAAAAUAGAGAAAGAAGAGAAUAUAAAAGAAGAUAGGAAGAAGAGAGGAAAGAGAGAAGAUAUAUGUUUUGAUUAUAGACUGUUUGAUACCGUCAAAGAUAAACGACAACGCCUCAACAAAGUAAUCCCACGUCACUUAGGUAAAUAUAAUAUGUAGUCACUCUCUUGACUCAGAGAGCACAUACUUUUCCUGUUUCCAUACUUCGACUCUAGCCACUUUGGAAAUCCUUCAGCUGUCUUGCCUUACGCCAUAUGCUUCUCAUCCUCCUAUUAACCAUUGCCAAAGAUACCUUGAGUUUAUCACUAUUCAAAACAUAAACAUAAAUUUAGGACCUGGUUUUUUAGCAUCUCUGGUUUGUUUAUGAAGAACACACACUCUCAUUUCUUAGUGUGAAUCCACACAUGUUAAAGUUACAAAGUGAUCUUUACCAAAUAUUUCAAACAUGAAAACUAUUCAAAUCUUUUAGAACAUUCAGAGUUAAACUCAUCCAAGAAUGAAGCUUAAUUUAAAGAUUGGUUACACUAAACACUUUUUCACAAGCUACACAACUCCAAAAACAGGGGCGUGCCUUGGCACAACAAGUUGAAACAAAGGCCUAGGGCCCCCAAUUUUUUAAGGUCUCUAUUUCUAAAACUUUUAUAAUAAGUUUUCAUAGUUAACUUUUGUAUUUCAGUGUUAUUUAUAAUAAAAAGAAAAUAAUAACAUCAAUUGAACUAAAACUCAGUUUACUAUUAUUAUGUCAAUGAAAAAACAAAAAAAAAAUAUUAGUAAAAAUAAUAAAAAUAAAAUAGAUCUAUAGUUAAAUAGGCCUCCAAAUCUUUUUUUGUCUAUGGAUCCCACACGGACAGGGACGCCCCUGUCCAUAAAGAAGCAUGUUUGGCGGAAUAAAAAUAUAUUCGCGGCAGAAAAUAUGUAACAAAUAAGAUGGAACUUCACACUCCUCUUUCUGGUGUGUCUGAGAAGAGUUAGACAACAAACCAGCCCCGUCGAUCUGAACUUUACAGGAAAAGGACUCUGCACCACCAAGUAAUUGGCCAGUACCACAAUUCGAUCUUAAAGAAAACAAAACAGUUAUAAGAAAAAAAUCUCAAAUCACUACAGAUAGACUGGGAAGACAAAGAAGGGAAGCACAAACCAUCUGUAUCGAGGAGCUAUAGUGUGAACAUUGAACCAGCCUUGAGACGGUCCCUAAAAGCGGCGAGACAGUGAACAUUUACGGUGGCUGACAUGCAUGAGAGUCGACUGAAAAUUAUGAAAAGAGAGCGACCAGAAACACUAUCAUGUUUUUUUUAUAGAUUAAAGAAACACUUUUGAAAAAAAAAAUUAAAGAAGAAACACUAUACUGCGCAUUUCGUCCCAGAAACAAACUAAAAUGUCAUCCGGACAAAGCAUUUUUCUUCACAUAUUUUCCCUUAACCAAACCAAUGAUUUAACGAUGUAGUCCUCGGGUUUACUCCCCUAUAGAUCCACUUUGGAACGAUCUCCUCUUCUUUCAACAAAAUAAUCAUCAACACUGAUUCCUCCUAGAUUCAUAGUGUUUUAUUAUGUACUGAUAGUCCAUCAGUGUUUCUUCUCUUGCAGACCAUUGUACUUCCAGAUCAAGAAACUCAGACAAAACGAUUCCUUCUACUACGUGUGCCUUAGCUCCUCUGCUUGAUCCAUUUGUUUCCUUUUAGUGUCUCUACCAUCUCCUGCAGAUAAAAUCGUUUCAUAAAGUCUCCUUCUUUACAUUAGCACAAUGCAAUAAACAGAAUGAAAAGUAUUUAUCAGCAAAAAAAAAUUGUAUGUUUGAUGUUCUUACCUAUCCAUCUAAAUCAAGAGAGCUGAGAAACCUUUUGUAGGCUGAAGUGAAGAUAAGCUUGAUUGGAUCAGGAGCACUGAGAAGCCGUUUGUAGACGGAAGUGGAGAAAACUGUUUCCGUUGCUGCUUGCCACAGAAAACGCAGAUCAGGUCUCGAUCCCUCACAGAAGCUUUCCGGCUACGGAGGUAAGGAACAUAAGCGUAACUAAGUUGAUUGAAUGCACCCUAAACCAUUACGCCUUGAUUGACCAGAGGUGGUGGAGUGAAUAUCGAACGUCACGGCAACGUCUCCGUCUUCACGCAAUAAUGGAAGGUGAGAGACGGUGGAAAAUACAAAAACACAUAAUACAAAGAGAUAGAUCUCGACUCCCAAAAUCUCAGCAGCCCCCUCGAAGGUGGUGAUACAAUGACGGAUUUCAAUUCGGUGAGCAUGAGAAGAAGUUUGCCAUUCUAAUCUCUGAAAGUUUGGGAAUGAUUGAGAGGAUAGAAUUGAUGAUUUCACAUAAAAACUCUCAUAUUUAUAGUUGUAGAUUCAUAGAAGUAUUGUAUGUUAAAUCGUGUGAGGAAUGGCGUUAAUGAGUGUUAAUGACGAUGAUUAAAUGCAGUCUGAGAUCUGUAACAGUGUUGGAUUUCGAUAGCCAGUCAGAAGAACUUGAAGCGAUUAGACAGAGACAGUUGGCUCCCAGCAGAUAUUGAUCAGAAAAAAUCGGUGUUCGGAAUAUAGUAGGAUCUUCAUAGUCGGUUGGCUAAACUGGAGCUGUCCACCAGUGGCUAAUAACAACAAAGGUCUUUGAACCCAAUAUGAAGAUGAAGCUAAUAGUUGCAGGUUUUGGUAAUAAUAUUAGAAGCCCAGUUGUUUAAAGUCCACGAUCAAAGUCCAUCUCGAACUGGAUUAAAUGAAAUGCAUGACACGUGUCAGCACGACGUAACUCGACUUAUCUAUGUGGCGGAUGAGGUGUCUUAACCAGGGGUGAAUAAACCUUUCUUUAUAAUAAUAGAUAGAUAGAUAGAUAGAUAGAUAGAUAGAUAGAUAAAUAGAUUUUUAUAAUUGAUAUGAGAUAAUCUGUUUUAACUCAUCGCAUAUUCAUUUCAAGUUUUGCAUUUUUAUAAUCGAUAUGAGAUAGUCACAUUGGGUUAGUUAAUUUCAUUAAUCACCCUAUAAUUUUAAUUUGGUUACCAGUUACCUCCACAUCCCACAUUUGGUCACACUCAAUUCAGUGGUAGACAUAUAUAUCAUAGUAAUACUCGAAAUUCUCAUAUGCAGAUUUUUUAAGGGGAUUUUAACCUAGUUUUUUUAAACAGAGAAGUUGAUGUGGUUUACAUUUAUGUUCCACCAAUUGAGUUUCUUUUCGGCAAAGAGGUCCCUUGCCUUAGCUUGAUAUGCAUAAAUAGGCCGUUAAUAACAAGGAGAUCAAUGUAAUACUAUUUCAUUUUACUGAGAUUCUUUUGGCUAUAUCAAAUUUCAAAGUUAUUCAGGAAAAUACUACCGUCCGAAAAGUUUCUUUCGUCAAACCUCUCACACGAUGGAUAUUUCAGAAUUAAAAUAUGUCAAAGACCCUUGGUCUUAAGCACUCCUGUGCAAAAACUAUUGAGCCAACUGCUUCAAUACCGAAGGUGUUCAUGAUGAGGUAAAUGCCUCCCAGAUUAUUUUGUUGUUGAAUAUGUGAGAAGAGCUUGCUGGUGUACAUAAUACGUGUAUUUAUUUGUAUAGAGAGUGGAAAUGGGAUUAUGAUGAUGAAAAUCAAAAGAUGAAAUUUGUUUCAAGAGUUGUUUACCAUCUAAGACACAUUUUGACUUCUUUUAACAUAUAGAGACACAUUGGGCUGUUGAGACACUUUAUUUGAACAACUGUCCUUUUUCUGACCUUUAUGUCCUCAAGCCCAAUUAACUGUGUUUUGUAUGGUUAGGUUAAAGUAACUCAGCUGAAUUGUGGACACUAAAAAGGUUUGGUAGUGUGUCUUAAUUUGAACCACAAGAUUGAAUUUGCCUAAAAAAAUCUAACGGGUGUGUAACAAUUUUAUAUUUGAGAUUUGCAUGCCUUUAGAUUUCAUUAGAAUCAACAAGAUCCAACGGUGGAUAAUAAGAUUGUAUUACAUAAUUAUUUUUUAUUAUAAUACAUUCACCCUUUAUGUCUUAUUUUGACUGUAUUUCAAAAUUUAAAAUACAUAAAUAAAUAUAUUUGGUAUAGUUUGUUAUAAUUUUUUUCCCUUUAUACUUUGACAUCCAUUUUGAUAAUUUUAAUAAUUAAUAAAUAUUUUUGUGGAUAAACAAUAUUUGGACAUGAGUUCUAAUUAUGUGGACAUGUGAGUUAUGGAUAGACAAUUUGUGGACGGAUGACUUAUGAAUCUGGUUUUUCAUUUACCAUAACAACAAAAUAUAGACAUGAAGUUGUUCUUAGUCUAGGUGUGUGGACAUGGGAGGUGUGAAUAGGAGAGUUGGAUAAAGACAAGUUGUGUACAUGGGAUGUGUGUACCUGAUGCUUUUGACAAAGGCGUGGACGAGCGGACUGUGGACAGAGUAACAACCAGAGCCUAUCUUGAUCCAAAACCAACAUACAUAUCUUUUGGGGAAGGAGGAAGCCCCUCAGACCCUCCCAUCCCAGAAGCUCUCCUCUUAGCCUGAAACCCACUCUUUGUCACUCUCUUAAUUAACCUCUCCACCGCCGCAUCCGCAAUCGCCCCAACCUCAGUUCUAAGCUCUCCUCCGCAUCUUUCAUCAUUGCUUCCAGUUCUUCACAUCCUCAACCGCUUCCGCAAUCACCGCUUCCAACAUGCUCGUCGUCUUCGUCUCUUCUUGUCCUCCAACUUUUUCAUCCCUCUCCCAACACACUUGCCAUUGAAAUUGCAGCGUCGUUAACUGAGAUCCUUAUCGUGUCGUUUCUAGAUUCAUCUCACAAUCUCGCUUCUAGAUCUGACAAAGGUUUUGCUGGAUUUGAAGGAAGCAUCGAGAAUCUAGGGGCAUGGAAACAGUGAGUUGGAAGGAGAGAUGAUGAUGCAGUGUUUAGAUGCAUUAAAGCACUUCUCCAUUUUUAUCUUGACUUGUUGUGAUUCUGAUCUUCAUCACCACUCCAGGGGUCUUCCCAACCCUAAGGAUCUUGCUAAAGGCACUGUCUUUACUGUGAAUGAGAUUGAAGCUCUUUACGAAAUGUUCAAGAGCAUCAGCAAAGCCGGCCUUAUCGACAAGGAACAGUUUCAGUUGGUACUCUUUAAAUCCAACAGAAAGAAGAGCCUUUUUGCUGAUAGGGUGUUUGACUUGUUUGAUACCAAGCAUACUGGAAUCCUUGAUUUUGAAACCUUUGCACGUGCUAUUUCGGUUUUCCACCCCAAGGCUCGAAUGGAGGAUAAGCUUGAGUUUGCUUUCAAGCUGUAUGAUCUGAAGCACCAAGGGUUUAUAGAGAGACAAGAGUUGAGGCAGAUGAUGGUGGCGACUCUAGCUGAAUCUGGCAUGAAUCUUUCUGAUGGCGUAAUAGAGAUCAUCAUAGACAAGACAUUUGAAGAAGCUGAUAGUAAAAUGGACGGGAAGAUUGAUAAGGAAGAGUGGCAGAGUCUUGUUCUUCGUCACCCCUCUUUGUUGCAGAACAUGACCCUUCAGCAUCUCAAAGACAUAACAAAGACGUUUCCGAACUUUGUGUUUUACACUAUAGUGACUGACAACCCAUCAUCUGGAUGAUCAUGAGGAUGUGAUUUUGUUUUUUUUAUUGGUGCAAGUUGAUUCAUUUUUUUUUUUGUGGCAAAAGAGAUGGUACAAUAUUGUAUGUUGAAAACUUGUUUCUUACUUAACUUCGGCUCUAAUUCUAAUUGUAUCUGAAAACUGGCCUUUCUGAUUUAUUUUAAAGCAAUUUUCAAA